UCCCUGUUAUUGUUAUUGUUGUUGUUCUUUUUUUGCACGAUAGUACACGCUGCCACUGUGUUUUUUUCUUUUCUUUCCUGCGGCCACUCGUGUCGAUUCGCCGAAUUGAUCGACGCUAGAAAAGUUCGAGCGUGUAAAUAAGGAGGAGGAGGGAGAAUAAGAAGUCUGAUCCAGUCGUAAACACGCGACUUUAAGUAACGUGUUGCGCGCGGCAUGAAAAAUGCAUCAGCUUUGUUUUCAGGCUGUCAUUUAUUUUUUCUCUAUACUGAAACUUCAGUUCGCAUUCUAAACAACGUACUUUUGUGACUCGUGGAAAUCGACACUUUUUCCUCGUAAUCGAAGCUGAAAUUUUUUCCUCGUCGCGCUGCUUAUUAACAACUAUUAGCCUGCGUCUCUAUAUAGCGCUCGACGAAGGUGAGAGUGAGAGAGAGAGAGAGAGAGAGAGAGAGAGAGAGAGAGAGAAAAGAGGGGGAGAAAAAAUGCCUCUUUUUACUCGACACCUCGGCAUGAUUGAAUUCCAAUUUCUGCGAAUUCCAUUAGCAUUCUCGCGUCACUGACACGUAUUGAAUUUUUUCUCUUUCUGCUUCUCCUCCCCCCUGUACACGUAUAUUACUGCGAGCGAGCGAGCGCCCGAAUUAUAUAGCCUGAGCAUAAAAAUUGCUUCGCGAUUUUCGUCGUGCGCGGAGAACUCGCGACAUCGAUUUUUCUCUCUCCUCCUAUUCCUUUUAGCUCGCGCUUGAAAGGCUGAAAAUGUGUUCGGUAAUGUACUGUUGCGCGCAUAGAGCCAAUCGCGAGGAAUUUCAGCAACCCUUUUUUCUCCAAAGAGAAUAAUAACAAUAAUGAUGAUGAAAGAGCGCAAGGAAAAUUUCGGGCGAUCGAAUUGAGCAACGUUUUAGCGUCGUAAACGGGGGGCCGAUGCUGCGGCCAAUUUGACCAUUUUCGUCUCUCUCGCGCGGCACGAUCUCGUACGUAUUUUUCCAUCACGGUCCAUUCGAUGAUUCGUUUUUCUUUUCCUCACCGAAAGCGUACACGCCGUACACGGCAAGUUUAAUUUCCAAAGUACUAGCGACCGUUCUCUCCCCCUCGUUUUAUCAUCGCGCGCGCCUCUGUGUGUGUGUGUGUGUGUGUGUGUGUGUGUGUGUGUGUGUGAGUGUACCGUCGAAAAUCUCGAGAGCGCUUCCGGCAAAGAAUCUCUUGAUAAUAAGUACAACGCGUUAUACGCUUCUGCGUUUGCCUCGAUGGUCUCUCUCGCUCUCAGAUCGAGAAAGGCAUGAGAGUGCUGUAGAGCGGAAGCAAGAGGGAGAGAGAGAGAGAGAGAGAAAGUGACUCGCAGACCGCCAUCGCGUGACGGUUUAAACGGCGGAUUAACGUGCGGUCGCGCGAUUGUGGAGGCCCGCGCUCGCGCUCUCAGCUGCUUCUCAUGUGUGUAUACACGUUUGUAUAACGCGCUGGUACGCAUGUGCAAGUACGUGUAUGUCUAUAUAGAGAAGGGGUCGAGGAGGAGGUUUGUUAUAUAAAUGUACGGGCGCUCGUUAAAGUCCAUGGAAAUUUCAAGUCGGCUACACUCCGAGAACGCUUCCUUGAGUGCUUCAUUGGAUUAAAUCGGUUUAUCGAUUACUACGCAGCGAUUGCAUUUAUAGAACAUUUUCGAGUAAAUAUGUCAUCGCAACAUAAGAAUGAAAUCAGCGUCGCUGGCUGGCAUCAUCGCCGUUUACAUUAUCGCUCGCGGUGAACCAGCGUAUAGGGGGAAUCAUAAAGUAUCAGCUGCAGUCGCGCGGGCGAGAACCGGUUCCCUCCAAAAGUACACGCAUACUCGAGAGCGUCGUCUCUCUCUCUCUCUCUCGUGCACACACUCGGCUAUACUUGGACAUCUUCUCUGCGCGCUCGAGAAAUACAAACAAGCAGAACUCGCGCGCCAGCUACGAAGAAAUCGAAAUGGUGGAACUGAGCGGCAGCAGCGGGGCUGGUAGUCAGCAGCCGCAGCAGCCGGCCGCACAGGUGCCGCUGAGCAUGCUAAUGGGUCUUGCCUCGGGCUCGUCCUCGUCCUCGUCGUCGGCGGCAACCGGUGCCUCAUCCGGAAUCUCCAGCCGUGCGGGUAUCCUGGAGACACAGGUGCGCGGCCAGUGGUACCGAGUGUUCGUCAGUCUCGAGGACGACUACCUCAGCAUCUCGCUCGACGAGAGCUGCGACAGCAGUUCCGGCAGCAGCACAGCCUCGGCUGUCACGACGACCGGCAACGGCCUCAACAACGGCAACAACCUCAACAACAAUAACAUCGACAGCCUCGGCGACCCGGACGUCCCGGACUCGGUGGCCAACCAGAAGCGCACCGUCCGCGUCGUCAAGAGCGACAACAACGGCCUGGGCAUCUCCAUCAAAGGCGGCAAGGAGAACAAGAUGCCCAUCCUCAUAUCGAAGAUAUUCAAGGGUAUGGCAGCCGACGCUACGGAACAGCUCUACGUGGGCGACGCUAUUCUCGCCGUUAACGGAGAGGACCUCAGGGAGGCUACCCACGACGAGGCGGUCAAAGCACUCAAGCGGGCUGGAAAGAUCGUUGAACUAGAAGUGAAGUACCUGCGCGAGGUGACGCCGUACUUCCGUAAGGCGUCGAUAAUCCAGGAAGUCGGCUGGGAGCUUCAACGAGGCUUCCUGAGCGCGACGCCACCGCCGCCCAAGUCACCGCCACGAGCCGACACGAGAUACCUGCCGCUCCAGCUCUGCAGACUCACGAGAUCCCACCCGUCCGCCGAUCCAGAGGGCCGAGUCCUGGAACUUCACUCGCCCGACGGCGUGCACGAGUGUUGGCUUCGAGCGGCUGACAGUACCGAGGCGAGUGUCUGGUUCAACGCGUUGCACUCAGCCUUGGCUGCCCUCACCCUCAAGGCGCUGAGACUAGCCUCGGCGUUACCGGAUCCACCGCAGCUCCAACACAUAGGCUGGCUUGCCAGGAGGCAUUGCAUACAGAACGGCCGAGCGAGCAGCGAGAGCAGCGAGGACGGGGCAGGAAGCAGCGCGAGCACGUCGAGAGGCGGCGGCGGUGGUGCGGGUAGCAGUUACGGGACAGGAUGUGCCGGUGGCUGGCGCAGCGUCUUCGGAGCCGUUUCUGGAAGGGAAUUGAGGCUAUACGAGUGCGCGCCCUGGAGCCCCGAAGCUUGGGCGUCGCCGAGCAUCACCUGUCCGCUCAUCGCUACGAGGCUAGUCUCAUCGCCGGCGAAGCCGAACGAGGCCUCCUGCAGCAGUUCGAACAAUCAUCAGUACGGAGCGACGUUUGCGGUCCGAGUCGGCACGAUCGACGGCGUAAUCACGCACAACCUUCGCGCCGAGACCAGGCGGGAUCUCGCCGCUUGGGCACGAGCCAUCGUCCAGGGAUGCCACUCGGCAGCCCACUCGCUCAGGGAGUACACAGUCCGUUGCGUGUGGCAGGGUCGAGCCUGCCAGCUGGUGGUCCACCACGAAGAGGGCUUCGCCCUCUACGCCGCUGGUACUCGCGGCGUCACCGGCAACGGCAUAAGCCCCGGCUCGCCACCGACACCCCUGUGGCGACGACCCUUCGAGAAGCUCAGAAUGUCCGCCGACGACGGCGCCCGACUUCUCUGGCUUGACUUUGGCGGCGACGACGCCGAGAUCGAACUCGACCUGGAGAGCUGUCCAAAGCCGAUAGUCUUCGUGCUGCACAACUUCCUCUCGGCCAAGAUACACCGCCUCGGUCUGAGCGCAUAGGGGUGCGAGGGGGCUUCGCACGAGGCCCCCGACUUGCCUCCCCAUCAGACCCGCUCCGUCACCAGCGUCUUUCUUCACUGAGCUCCUCGAUGAAACUUCGACGACUAUACCGAUCAAAAUUAGCCAGUUAAGCAACAAGCGCACCCAGCGAAUUGUACAGAUCUCGUCUCCGCUGUAGAAUCCUUUUCUAGGUCGAAUCAACUCUCGAGCGAGUGUGCGUGCGAGCCAACGAUAAUCGAGCCGAAGCCAUCCAAGAAACGAUUUGUUUCGCUUGUGCGAGGGGAGAAUCAAGGGGAAGAGAGAUAUAUUGUAUACAUAUAGACAUCUCGUGGCGAGCUGCCGACGAAGCGCUUUAACGAAGGGUAUUAAUAAUCAUCGAGCUAUAAUACCCAAUUUCGACGCGCCUAACACACAGGAAUAAAAAGAGAAGAAUAACUAUGUAACUAUUAAGGUAUCACACAAUCUAGCUGUAACGGCAAAAGCGUACGAGGACUACUGGGUUUUGUAAAAUACGUCACGUCUAUACCGAGCUGACAUUCCUUCAACCCCCUCCCUCUCUCUCUUUCUCCGUUGAAGUCUUCGAAGGAUUCCAUCGAGCGAAUCGUAACGCGUCCCGUCUAUCCGUUUCCGUGCUCGAGGCUGUAUCGCGUACACGAUACGCUUGGAAUACCCCUUUACGUGAGUAUUAAUUUAUUUUUCACGAUAUGAUUCACGGCCGAGUGUAAAAAGUAUAUAGAGGGAGAGAAAGAGAGGGAGAGAAGAAGAACAAAAAAAAAGGUAACGUUUGCCAAUUACGCGCUUCUACGUACGUGGAUUUUAACGAUACACGCCGCGCGCAACGCGUAAUUAAUCUUACUGAUCGUAAGCCGUUAUAGUCGUUAAUUUAUAUUAUAUAUAUAUGCGAUAUAUACGUACGAGCAGUUUUAUUUUUUUACGUUAAUUUAUGUGUGCUCGCCUGUGUAGUCCUGAAGGAUUUUAAUUGAUAAUAUCGCGCAUGUAACAUCGACAACAAUGAUUUGCGCGUCUAAUGAUUAAUGCAUGAACGAUUUUGAUAAAUUGUACAAUAUACUGAAAUUAACGAUCGUAUAUCCUGGAAGCGAGGAUCUGGGUCAGAGCAACUUGUCACAGUUGGCGAAACCAAAUUUCCGUUAGUAUUAUUAUUACUAUAAACUAUAUACUAUGUUAUGAUUGCUAUUAUUAUUAUUAUUAUGAUUAUUAUUUUGUAAAUCUCUUAUUACUUCGGAAUGAUUUGUAAUAUAUUAUGCAUUUACGCGGAAAAUUAUAUCUAAUAUAUGAUAAGUCUACAGAAUUAAAACUGGUUUUUAAUAAUUUUGUAUGAUAAUAUCGAUUGUAGCAAUAUACAGGCAAACAUUGUAAAUGGAAUGAAACUUUUUCCCUUGUUAAUAAUAUACUUAUAUAUAAAUAAUACACAUGAUCUUCUCGACGCGUUGAGGAUUGCCCGAACCUACAGGACGAAAAGAAGAGAACUGUUAAUAAAGAGAAUGUUUGUAAAAAAAAAUAAUGAAUAGACGUAAAUAUAAGUGUAAAAAUAUUCAAUUUUGUAUAUUCCUACGUACCCGUAUAAAUAAUACAAUACACAUACCGAGCUAUCACUAUAGUAUCAAGCUUCACUAUACAACGCGUGUGUGCAAUCUUUACAAAAUAUGCACACAACAGGCGCAUUAUAAUUUUUCUCAAUAAAUUCCGUUUACGUCUAUGCUGCCCACACAUCGCCUACGCGUUACAUGUUCCCGCGGAGUUUUCUCUUUACGAUCGUAGCGAAGAAACAACACACAGCAUCAGGCAUGAAAGUUUUUACAGUCGAUUAAAGUUAACGCGCCCUUCCACAUAUAACCCUGCGGGGUCAGGUCCUCGGGUAUAUACAGAGCGAUAAAUCGUAGUCGUCGGGCCGAUCGACUUAUACAUACGCAACAAGUGUCCCUCAUCGGCGCAUCGAUUAGGAAAAUUAGCAGCGCGGCGACCUUUUCGCUUGUUUUAAUAAUAAUAUCCCCCCGCGGGUUAUCGCGCCGUAAAGCAUCAGCAGUAUAGCCUUUUUGCCCUUUUUUUUACUCUCGGGGGUAAGCGAGCUCGUAAUCGACGUCGAUUUCCAUUCCUCGCGCGCAGGACACUCGGUAAUUACGUGCUGCAACUUCUGUCUCCUCUUUCUUUGUUUGUUCAAGCUCGCUCGCUUUGUCCCUCGUUAAACCGCUGCGGGAAUGCUGCGCAGGAGGGAAAGUUUUUCAAUAGCGCGAGAAUAGAUGGACGAGAGAGAGAGAGAGAGAGAGAGAGAGAGAGAGAGAGAGAGAGAGAGAGAGAGAAAAAUGGUGGAACUGGAGAAUAGCCGAACUAUUACUCGAACGAGCUGGGGAGCUAGAGAAAAAAUUCUGCAUAAAGGUUUGCGCGCGUAAACUUUGGAGUAGGCCGAAUCGCUCGGCGGCAAUAUUGUGCGGGUAUGGAGUGUGGACAAAAAAGUUUAUUGUGUCUUGUUUGCAGUCAAUUAAAAUCUGUGUAUUCUCUCUGUGUGUUCUUCUAUCAACGACAGCUCGCGGGGUUAUUUCCGAAAAAAGUCGAAAUCGCGCUUAAUUUCCCGAGCCGCUUAUCGAUUGUAUACGAAAUCGACGCGGCAAAAAGUCGAGCGAGCGAUAAAUAAAACAAGCCGAAAAAGAGAGAGAGAGAGAGGUGAGAAACAAAAAUAGUCGUCGAACGACAGCUAGAAAGUUGAACAUUUCCGUAAACUCCAGGGCGCGACAGGGUAAAAGUUAAAAUUUUUCAACCACCGCCACGCCGCUCUCGCGCAAUUUAACGGCUUUUCUCGCGACUCGCGGAAAUUUCGCGCGUAUAUAGGGCGACGCGGCGCAUCUCAAAAGCGAAUUCGCGGAAUUACAGCGAGAGGAAAAAGCUGCGGCCGAGAGGAAGUAAAAACGUACGUAGGCCAUCGUAAAACGCGUAUCGUAUACUUGUUUUACCUACGUAUAAAUCUAUAUACAUACACGCGCACGGGGUUCGUGUAUGUGUGGCCGCGCGCAAUUAAAAGUUUAUACAUACAAGCUCGAACGAGAGACUAGCGAGGGGGACGAAGGACACAGCACACGGCCCGAAACUUUACGUAUGGAAAAUUCAUAUCCCUCGCAAGUCGAGAGCCGCGCAAUAAUUAACGACCGUGUGCGCGGCUCGCUCGAGACAACGAAAAGUCCAUCGACGAGCUUGCAAGCUCGCCUGAUCGGAAUUUCGCGCGAUUGUCAACGGAAAUUUCUUCUUUUAUUACCUUAGGCGUGUGAGCCAGAGUUAAGAGAGAUGUCGAUGCGUAGGCCCGAAGGGAAAUCGCGCUAAGCGAAAAACUUUGAACGUUUUCGCGAUUGGCUGAAGCGAGAGAAUUUUCCAGGCAGCCCGGGCCGAUUGAAUCUCUCUCGGUCGGCUUAAACCCGCGAUUUAUAGGCGACGAUCCCGCAGCCGGAAUACAAUAAUUCGAUUAUUCCAACUUUAUGUAUAGACACGACCUAAUCUUCCUGACUUUCGUAUAUAGGUUCUCUCUCUUUUGUAAGAUACUUCUUCUUCUUCUUCUUUCGGAGCUUUUUCGGCUGUCCCGUUCUGUACAUAUCUGUGCGCGAACGAAUUUCUCCGAUCGAUGUAGCAUUGUUACUCCAUGUGUGUGUGAAUCCGAGCUGUAACCGACGACUAUACUAUACCGUUGUAUAGAGCACGAGCUUCUCUUGUAUUGGUAUAGAGUAAAAAUCUCUCGGUGCGUAAUAUAUCAUAUCUUCGAUUCUGUAAAUCGUUAUUCGCUCAUCUAUACCAUAUCCGAAUCUACUCGCUCAUAUCGAGAGUACACAUAUGAUAUACAUACACACUUUUCUAUAGGACGAGAAGCAGAAGAUGAAGGAAGGACGUUGGUAUGUCGACUGAGUAGCAUAUAUACUAUGAUGAUAAUAAUGACGAUGAUUAUGUAAAUAUGAAACGAUGAUGAUGCGAGAAAGUAUAAAGAGUGUGUAAUUUAGAUUGUGAAAUUUUUUAAGUGUGUUGAAACGAAAACGAAUAUCAAAAUUUAGAGGUGGACGAGAAUGAUCUUAUACGUUAUAUUUAAAAUAUUUUCUAUGUAUUCUACGAAAGUUCGUUGUUGAUGUUCAAUAAGCCGCAUAUCACUACGUAUAUUAUCUACUUGUAUAAUUUGAGGAACACGUGUAUACAUUGCUUUCGAUAUGGAUCGGUAAUCAUCAGGAUACGAUAUUCUCUCUCUCUCUCUCUCUCUCUCUCUCUCUCUCUCUCUCUCUCUCACUCUCUCUCUCUUUUGUAAAAUGUAACAUACACUUACACAUAGAAGAUACUCGAUCCGAAGUCCGCCCUUUCCUCCCCGUCGCGAGAGAAACGAAAAACAAUAUAUACAUCAAUAAUAAGCCUAUAUCAACCCCCACCUCAAUCGUCGACGUCGUACAAUAACCACGAGGUAUGUCCAUAUCAAGUAUGAUUAAACCAUAACGGCGUCUCUCUCUCUCUCUCUCUCUCUCUCUCGAUGUAUCUGUAAAUAUAGACUUGUGUAACGCUUGGAAAAGAAAAAUCUUAUAAAUUACACACACACACACACACGCACACGCACAGUAGUUAUACAUGAUAAGAUAAAAUGUUAACGAAUAAUACGAAGGGAUGCGAGUACAUACACUGUGCACAAAUGGAGAAAAAGAGAAUAAGGACAGGUGCCGCGGCGUGUGACGAAUUAUUGUAUUUUUCUAAUGAUUUAAGCCUUUUCGUCGUGCGCGGCGACGACGUACCGCAGUCGUCGCAGCUAUAACGAUUUAUACAUAAUAUAAAUACGAAUGGCGAGACGAUGAUGAGGCAAUGCGAAGCGCAGAGUAUAGAGACGAGAGAAAUGCGAGAGAAGACGAUAUAGUCGAGUGCAGCGUAUUUAUACAGCGAAGCCAUGGGUAUGAAUAUAAAUAUAUAAAUAUAUAAAUAUAUAUAUGUAUACACGGAGCGGGUUAUCUCGACUUUCAUUUCGAUGCUAGAUAAUACGAAAGUUAAUGUAUCUAAGAGUUAUACCAAAUAAACGAACGGUUAGACGAACACA